UCAACACUCUUCCUAUCUUAAAUUCUUGUUCAUGUUUCUCAUUCUCCACUCUUGGAUGAGGUAAGGAAUGCACCCAUCAAUACGCGCCGUAAUGGUGGAUUAUGGUCCACAACCUUGGUGUAAUCCAUCAUACACUUCCUAGAAGUAGUCCUUCAUUCAUAUGAAGUCGGCUAAUACGAUUCCCUAACUCUGAAAAGAUUCUCUUGUCUCUGUCUCUUUUUGCCUUUCUUGUCUGCUGAGAAUUGUACUCUCUUUCUCGUUGACCAAGCCCAUUUAACCUAAUCUUCAUAUAUUCACUCUUGAUUUUCCCUUAAUUCCUGGAUCAAAUUCUAGACUCGUAUUGAAGAGCAUCUUGAAGUCAUUUUGAAACAUGGAUACAGUCAACAGUCAAAUUACAACCUCUACCCCGCCAUUAAUCACAUCAACAAAUCUCACAAGCUCGACCACUACCUCAGAAAUCACCUCAGCACCUAUAGCAGCAACGGACUCAAAUACACAAUCAGCAUCAUCACCACAACCCAACCUUAGCAACAAUAAAACACCCGAAUCUUUCUCCCUCAAUCUCGCUAUAGGAAUAGGAAUAGGUAUCGGCAUCGCAAUAGUUCUUCUCAUCGCCGGAUGCGUCCCCAUCUACAAACUAUGGAAACGACGUCAACAAGCUGCUCAAGGACAAAACCAAUACAAUCAUCAAGCACCACCGCAACCAUAUCCAUACGAAAUGCAUUAUCCAAUGUAUUAUCAACAAUUCCAAGAAAUGCAAAUUGCUUCGAAUUUUCACAAAGAGACUGAUGUCGAUAAAUCUAGUCGGAAAUCUAUGCAUAGAUGUACGCAGGUUUUUGAAAUGAGUGAUAAGAGGCAGACGGAUUCUUGGGUUAAGGAAAUGAUGUUGGCUAAUCAGGAGGAGCUGUGGAUGGAAUCACCUAUACGAUAGGAUUGUUGGGAAUCUUUGGUGGGUUUAGUUAAGGGCGAAAGGGAGAAUUGGGAUAAAUUGUUUUUGUAUCUAUUGUAGUUUCUUUUAUACUUCAUACUGCAGGAUGUAAUGAUACAUUAGUGGUAAGGGGAGUUUGGAAGUCUAUUCACAGAAAGGGAGAGAGAUAUUUGUUUGAGUAUUUGGAGUGGAGAUUACAUAUAUAAGAUACCCUGAGAUGCCAAAGCAAUAGAAUGAAAUAACCUUAUAAGCAUUUUAUGAGCAGUUUUUCUU